AAAACAACAACAUAUAACUCAACAUAGCGUUUUAAUGUGCUUUUAGCCGAAUAAAAUAAUAUAUGUGGGUGUGUAGGCUACAUGUGUAGGCCUACGUACUGGACACUUUCGGAAAAGGACAACCAGACUACAACAACAUCAUUCUAAAUAAUUUCAACAUCGAGACUUUUCCGACGCUGAACAGGACACCACCCCACGCUUCAAACUGAACUCAGUACCGCACUUCCUGUACCCCACUCGUUCAAAAGAGCGUGAAAUAUUGUGGCUUGCGCUCUUGCCUUGCGUCAUCUCCUUUUUUGCUGCCAAAAGCAGAGUCAAGUCAUGACCACAAAUUCACUCACAAUCAAAAAUGAACCCGUUUAAAAACAAGAGGUUCGCGUGGAAAUCUUGAACGACGCGCAGAGGUUACGCUGUAGUGACCAUGAUUCUUUCAAACCUCUCCCUCCAGUCCAUCUUCUGCUGCUGCUGUGCCAGAGGAAUGAACAGGGAGAGAGAUUGUCGGAGGGAACAGGUCACGUCCUGUUACCGCUCACAGAAACACCCAGGAGGCGCCUGUAGGUCGGAAAGAUCGCGGAGGAAGCUGCCCUCCCCCCCCCCGGAGAACGACGAGGGAGCCAAAGUCCACGUGGUGGCCAUGUACGACUUCACAGCCACGGAGGAGACAGACCUGACGCUGAAGCAGGGGGAGGAGUACACCAUCCUGCACAAGCAGGACCAUCUGUGGUGGAGGGCCCAGGACAGGCACGGGAACAAAGGCUUUAUCCCCAGCAAUUACGUGACAGAGAAGGAUACAAUGGAGGUUCACGAGUGGUACUGCAAGAACAUCACCAGAUCAAAGGCAGAGCAGCUACUGAGACAGGAGGCAAAGGAAGGUGGGUACAUAGUGAGAGACUCCAGCCAGCAGGGCAGCUACACGGUGUCUGUAUUCACCAAGGCUUUGGGCUCUAAAGAUGGUGUCAUACGACAUUAUCAAAUCAAACGCGAUGACUCAGGGAUGUUCUUCUUGGCAGAGAAGCAUGUCUUCAGCUCCAUACCCGAGGUCAUUCAUUAUCAUAAUCACAACGCAGCAGGUUUGGUGACGCGGCUACGGUACGCUGUUGGGCCGAUGGGGAAAUGUGUCCCGGCAACUGCAGGAUUCAGCUAUGAAAAGUGGGAGAUAAACCCUUCGGAGCUGUCCGUCAUGAAGGAGCUGGGCAGCGGGCAGUUCGGGGUGGUGCGUCUUGGAAAAUGGCGGACGCUGUGCAAAGUGGCCAUCAAGAUCAUCAACGAGGGAUCCAUGUCCGAGGAGGACUUCAUUGAGGAGGCCAAAGUCAUGACGCGGCUGUGCCACCCGAAGCUGGUGCAGCUGUACGGGGUGUGCAUGAAGCAGAGGCCCAUCUGCAUCGUGACGGAGUUCAUGGAAAAUGGCUGCCUGCUGAACUUCCUGCGGCAGAGAAACGGAAGCCUGAGUAGGGAGUGGCUGCUGGCCAUGUGCCAGGAUGCCUGCGAGGGGAUGCAGUACCUGGAGGAGAGCGGCUUCAUACACAGAGACCUGGCUGCCAGAAAUUGCUUAGUCAGCGACAAGAAUGUGGUCAAAGUGUGUGACUUUGGAAUGACUAGGUACGUGCUGGACAACCAGUACACCAGCUCCACGGGGUCCAUGUUUCCCGUCAAAUGGUCACCGCCUGAAGUCCUGCACUUCAACAAAUACAGCAGCAAAUCAGACGUGUGGUCAUUUGGCGUCCUGAUGUGGGAGAUCUUUACGGAAGGACGUACUCCGUUUGAGAACAAGUCAAACCCGGAGGUCGUGGAGGAGAUCACACAGGGCAACAGGCUGUACCAGCCUUACAAAGCUUCCCAUAAGGUGUACCAGCUCAUGUACCGGUGCUGGCAUGAGAGGCCGCAGGGAAGACCGAGUUUCUCCGAGCUGCUGGAGAACAUUAAGCAGAUUGCGGAGAUGGGCUAGACGUGGAUGUGGGCAUUGAACAGCAGAGAGCAGCCAAUGACCGACUGCCGCUGUCAGACGCUGUGACAUCACAAUGGAAACCAGAUCAGGCAGUUCCGUCUGAUCCGCUCUGCUGAUCCAGCACUUUUCUCUCUAACUGCCAUUCUUCUGUUUCUUUGUGGUUUGUCCCUGUUCAGCUCACCCCUCUCAGUUCGUUCAACUGAAUGUAUAUGAAUACUGACAGCAAUACAUUAUAUACUUUUUAUUAUGUUUCACAUUAAAGUAUUUAUUUUUCUGAGUAA